UCCAACGCGAUCUCGAUAAAUUAAGUGUUCGUUGAUAAAAUCGUGGUGCGUACACCCAGAUGAGGGUGGGAGGUGAUUGGUACUUAUUAGAACGAGACAGCUGCAAGUUCUACCUUGUAAUGUUACGGCAAGUUAUUAGUUUACCGCAGUUUACCGGCAGCCUUUGUCGUGAGUGGUUCCACUGAUAUUUCCGAUCAGCGAAACUUUUCGCGGCGCGACGCCAAUAAAAAAGUCUUCCACUUAUGAUCAAAACACGCUGCCUAGCCUCGAAAUUACUUGACAUCAGAGUGCCAGUUUUCUACCUUCCUCUAUCUCUUGUAGUGAUAAGACCAUCAAGGAAAACAAAAUUUAAAAAAUGGCGUUGAGUCUCUGGAAGGCCUUGUCUCGAAGAAGAACUGAAGAUUUAGAUGAAAAAAAAGGAGAAUUAGCGAGAGUUUUGGGACUUUUUGACCUCACCGCUUUAGGAGUUGGGUCCACCUUAGGACUUGGAGUUUAUGUUCUUGCGGGAGCAGUUGCAAAAGAAAAUGCUGGUCCAGCAGUCUGUCUUUCUUUUCUUGUGGCUGCAAUUGCUUCAACUUUAUCAGGAAUUUGUUAUGCAGAAUUUGCCGCCAGAGUUCCAAAAGCAGGUUCAGCCUACGUCUACAGUUACGUGACUGUGGGAGAGUUCAUAGCCUUCGUUAUUGGCUGGAAUUUAAUUUUAGAAUAUGUGAUAGCCGAUAUUUCGAAUUGGUUAAUCGAUGUAAAAGAUAUUCCACCAGAUGUAAAACAUGGAGGAAACGGUGGAUUUAUGCCUUUCGGAAUCAGUGGAGUCAUGGUUGGUGCAGCAAAGUGUUUUUAUGGAUUUGUAGGUUUUGACGGGGUCGCAACUACUGGCGAAGAGGCCAAAAAUCCACAAAGAAACAUUCCUCUAGCCAUUAUUUUAUCUCUUUCGAUAAUAUUUACUGCCUACUUUAGCAUUUCGACGGUUCUCACUAUGAUGUGGCCUUAUUAUGAUCAGGAUGUAAAUGCACCAUUUCCAUACGCAUUUGAACAAAUAGGUUGGAUAACAAUCAAGUGGAUUGUAAACAUUGGAGCAGUUUUUGCUUUAUUUACCAGUCUUCUCGGAGCCAUGUUUCCUCUUCCAAGAGUUCUUUAUGCAAUGGGAAGUGAUGGUGUUAUUUUCAAAUUCCUCGCCAAAAUCCAUUCAAAAACUAUGACUCCUGUAAUUGGAACUAUAGUUUCUGGCCUCUUAACUGGUCUGAUGACUCUUAUUUUCAAUCUUCAUCAAUUGAUCGAUAUGAUGUCGAUAGGAACUUUGCUCGCAUACACGAUAGUAUCCAUUUCUGUGUUAAUAUUAAGGUAUCAGAAGGACGAAUAUAGUAUAAAAGUGAGAAGCGAUUUUACCUCUGAUGAUAUUCAAACACCGCUGCAGUUUUUUGGAAAAAUUUUCAACUUCCAAAAUAAAAAAGAGCCUUCCACAUUUUCGGGUGGAGUGGCGAAGUGGGGAAUUCUUUUAUAUAGUAUUAUAGUGUUCAUCGCUGGCACGAUAUUCAAUCAGAAAAGUGUCGAAAUAAUUAAUGGAAACUUUAUCCUGUCUGUGAUAUUAGCUGUACUUGUCUUAAUAUUGAUACUCACAGUCGCUGCUAUUGGCAGACAACCAGUUCAACAAGUUGAACUUUCAUUUAAGGUACCAUUGGUGCCUUUUAUCCCCUGCCUCAGUGUACUUAUCAACCUCUAUUUGAUGCUUCAGUUAGAUGUAAAUACGUGGAUAAGAUUUGUCGCGUGGAUGUUCAUAGGUUUGUGCAUUUACUUCUUCUAUGGAAUUACACACAGCACGCAGAGUCAAAAAGACAAAGUCGAAUCUGACAGGCUUUCGCAAAAAUACACCGAGAAAUUGAGGGAAGUGACCAAGUGUUGAAAUUCUCAAGCCACUGUGUUUUUAAAUUUAGUGAAUACAAAUAUUAAGCCGCAGACUAGCGAUUGAGGAUCUAAACCUCCUUUGUUAAAUUUCACUUGUACAAAUCGUGAUCUAAUUUUAUUUCUAAUAACAAUCAGAAACUUGAAAAGUUUCUUGCUACCCCAAAAACCUCAUUAGAAUCGUACGAUUUUCAUUUCUGAAAAUUAAAAUCAUCAAUAAAUUUAAAAAAAUACAAUUUCAAGCGACAAAGGAAAUUUAAGAAGUUGAUCUUCUUGAAAAAAUGUUUCAGUUUUAUAAUUGAAAUUCUUAACAGUUUCGAGGAAAUAUUUGUAAAUAAGGCCGACAUUAUGUAAAAACUCCGUCCUUUGAUGAUAAAAUAAUUAUACAUGAAUUUUAGUUGAGAAUGGAUGGUGACAUUUCCUCAACGAUAAUCAUAAUUUAUACAUAUUUAAAUUUUAUAUCGAUGAUUUAUA